GGCCAAGAUAACAAGUGGCCACGAACGUCAAAUUUAAAUUCGAGUCGCGCGGGUGGUGCGGCAAAGGAGCAAGAGACCGCGAUGGAAGCCUCGUCGUCGAAUGGCAUGAAAGACCCCCUUGCCGACCUCUCGGCCUACACGACCAGCGCAACGGCGACGCCCGCGGCAACGGCCGCCGAUAUCUUCCGCGACGAAGACGCGUUCUCGUGGCUCUUCCUGACCUCCGAUUUGGCGCCGCUCGACCAGAGCAUCUCGUUCCCGACCGACGAAGACCUCGUGGACCUGACCGAGCCCAACCCGGUCGACAUGUCGGCGUCGUCGCAGCCAUCGGUCAUGUCCACAAUCUCGUCUGGCAUCCCGCCCUUCCUGAAGCGCGAUACGAGCAACAGCCUCGACUCGGUUCUCGCGUCCGACUCGGACUCGGGCUCCGACUCGGACCAGUCGCAGGACAGCGCGUUCUCCAACUCGACCGUUGGCACGUCGGACGUCUUGAACAAGAAGAAGCGCAAGCGGCUCGCACGGAACCGCGACUCGGCCCGCGAGUCCCGGAAGCGGCGCCUCGCGCGCAUCCAGCAGAACGAGAUUCGGCUGAAGAAGCUCGAGAUGGAGAACAUUGAACUCAAGAUGCGCUUGAAGAUCGGGAAGGAAGCCAUCUUGGUCGAGCGCCAAGAAAAGGCCACAAUCAAGCAAAAGAUGGAGCAUUUACUCAAGUCGAAUGCGAGCGAGGCCGAGAUGGCGACGUUCGUCGAGCAGUACAAGGCGCAGUACAGCGACUAUGGCGACAAGCGCAAGGAGACGAUCGCGUUCCAUACGCAGCGCGUGCGCGACCUCCUUUUGCCGACGCAGGUCACCAAGAUGUGUCUCUACUCGGUCGAGCAAGGCGACUUUGUGAGCAUGAAGAAGAAGCAGGCGGCCGUCGCGCUCGAGUCAGCUGCGCACAUGGACCACAUCCAGGACGAAGCGCCAUCCAACCUCUGGGCAAUUCUCGCCAAGGAGCUCGACAUCUCGGAAGCCCAGCAGCGCCAGAUUUUUGCGCGCCGCGAGAAGAUCAAGUACCUCCGCGAGAACCUCAACAAGAACCUUGGCAUUCUCCGGUCGUUCGAGAGCGCGACGCAGGAGAAGAACGAGACGCUGGAGGCCGAAGUCGCGCAAUUGCAGACGAUUUUGACGCCCCACCAAGCGACGCGCUUUAUCAUUUGGGUCAAAGAGAACCCGGCGUUCAUGUACAUGCUCGACAAGCUCGUGCAGUCGAUCAUCCACGGCACGGACGACAAGCCCGCGCCCGCAUGAGGAUGAUACAUGCAUCGCAGCCGUACGCUUCUUGUUGUCCUAAUUUAUACGCGCCAUGUAUCCUCUGCGAUUGCUUUCUUGUGCACAAAUUGUUGCUCGAAAUGUACUCGAUCUGCCCCCAUACCACAGACGUGCCCGUGGAAACUCGACAUUUCUACUGCAAAACAUAAACUUGAUCGUAUUACAAAUUAUUGU